ACGUUAUGUUUACAGUAUACUGGCAGACCGAUAAGGAAAGAGAGGACUAUGAAAAAGUGCGACACUUCCAUUCUUCCACAUGGUUCUGUCACUGCUAAGGCGAGCUGCGCAGACAGCGAUAUUAUACCUCUCAUAGGAAAGUUACAGUGUUGUUUUCAGCAGCGAAGUGCUCUAGGUAUCACAGGGCGAGUUUUCAGUCGCACUGGCAGUUGAACGUUUGAUUGCAGAACGUUGAAGGAUUUUAAUGUGUUAUUUCGUUCUCUUUUUUUUAAGAUAUACUCGCGCUAGAGACUAACUGCGCAGAGUCUCCAAAACGGACUGAAAGAUAGAGGAGACUUGCAAUAACUUUUACGCAAUCCGUCCAGUGUGGUUACAUAAACAUACGUUUAUUGAGUGACUCAAAGAAAACCGAUGAUAUAACAGCAUUGGCAACUUUUACGCACUUUCUCACCAUAACAUCAUUCUGAACAGCACUUUCUUUGGUACGUUUUCUGUCUAACCGAGAGAUUGAGAAAGAAAGAGAAACGAUGGUACAGCACAUGAGCCACACAGAGAGCACAGAUUCAUUCUCUCCUGGUGGGGACGGCACCGAUACCGGAGAUAUGGACUUGGACAUGGACGCGUCUCCGACUCCCGGGUCUCCGCUAUCCUCCACGGGAGGGGACCGAGGCAACGUCGCCUGGUGUAAAACCCCCACGGGACACAUCAAGAGACCGAUGAACGCAUUUAUGGUGUGGUCUCAGAUCGAGAGGAGAAAGAUCAUGGAGCAGAGUCCGGACAUGCACAAUGCUGAGAUUUCCAAGCGGCUGGGCAAGCGCUGGAAACUGCUCAAAGACACAGAUAAGAUCCCGUUCAUCCAGGAAGCAGAGCGGCUGAGACUCAAGCACAUGGCCGACUAUCCUGACUACAAGUAUCGGCCACGGAAGAAGGUUAAGACGCCCAGCUCCAAGACAGAGCGGGGGGAGAGGGGAGAGAAAGGCGCGGAUAGGAGCAGGGGUUCUAAGUCCUCAUCGAAAAGAGGCUCUGGGUCUAGGGGGAACAGCAGAGUGCCCAAGCCGGGACAGGGGAGCGUCAAGCUGCCUACCCAGGGGCAAGAGUGUGCGUCUCCCGCGGAUCACCACACGCUCUACAAAUCCAGGUCAGUGACUGGUGCCCGGCAGAUACCAGACAAGCCAGCAAGGCGCAGCUACAUGUUUAGUGGGGGAGGGAGCUUGGACAGCGGGCCACCCUCCGUGGGAGUCCCAGGGAGUCCCGCCCUGAGCAGCUCGUCUGAGUCCUGUGACCCGAUGAGCCUGUAUGAAGACCAGGCGACGGGGGCGAGCGACGCACUUUCCUCCAACCCUUCAACAUCCUCACCAUCAUCGGCAGUCCGCCUCAGGUACACACGUGCGUCCUCUCCAACCCCGUCCGCCUCUCACUCCUCUUCCUCCUCCCUCUCUUCUUCCUCGGAUGAAGAGCUGGAGGAUGAGCGGUUCGAGCUACAGCCGAGCCCCGGGUUUGAGAGCAUGUCUCUGGGCAGCAUGGGGCCAUGUGAGUCGGAGCUCGACAGGGACCUGGACUGGAGCUUCGGCGAGUGUGGGGCGGGAUCUCACUUUGACUUCCCCGACUACUGCACCCCCGAGGUCAGCGAGAUGAUCUCGGGAGACUGGCUGGAGUCCACCAUCUCCAACCUCGUUUUCACUUACUGAGCGGCGGAAAGGAGAGAAAUCACAGAGAACAGGAGGGAAAGAGAAGCCCCGCCCCGCGCAAAACUAAAACCCAGUGAGUGUGAAAGAAGAAUCUUCAGACAUUCUUUCAGAUUAUUAGGGAGAGUGAAAUGUGAGCUAAACUAACCCUCGUUUUGGAAAGAAUAGCCUAAUAUUAAUGACACGUGUUUAGGUUCAAUUGUGCAGAAUGUGUGUAUAAAAACAUAAUCGUCUGUUCCAUGUGGGUAUUGACAAAGACACGAACGGGGACAGACAAGGGCGCAUUUGCCUGGUGCGCCGAACUGAAGGAAAGUGCAUCGCUUGCAUUUGGAGAGAGAAGAGAGAAGGACUCUGAGCACGCCCCUUUUAGAAGUGACACACACACACAGACUUACUGAACUGAAGUAUUCAACCGGCUGGCAGGAGGAGGUUUGUAGGUUGAUGGUGAACAUGACUAUGGGUAAAUGGGCUUUUGGAGAGCUUGAUGUUGCCAUGGAGAUGAAAGCAGUUUAAGUGACCCACUUCAGUUGUUGUUCUCUGUGUGGGCGGGGUUUAUGAAGGUGAUAUUCAGGUGGGUUUUUCUGAAGCUUAACAUGCACGCGCUCCUUUGUGGAGUCGUCUGCACUGUUACAUUGACUGAUGCAUCUGAAAAUAUGUUUAUUACAAUGUCAUUACCGCGCUGAUUGUGUGUGCGUGCGUGUGUGAGUGAGUGUGUGUGCGUAUAUGUGUGCGAGUGUGUGUGUGCGAUCACAGAACACAGUUCACAAUCACCAGCUUUCCUCUCAACGGCAGGACUUUUAAUGAAUUAACAACUCAAACUCAGAAUCUUUUCUCUGAAAACCUUUUACACUCUGAAUGCACAUUUCAGGACCAAUUCCCUUACUGCGCAACGCCUAGCACAUCUGGCUGUAGUUAUACUAUAUAGUUAUACUAUAUCAGAUGACGUUUUUUUAUAUAUCGAUGUAUUUACACCAGCCCAACAUGUUUUUUUAUUAUUAAUAAUUUGAAGUAUUGUUAUUGUAUAAUAGGUCUUGUUUGUGUGUAAACCACCUGGUAUCCCUGUGCAGGAGGGCUAGAAGUGUAUCUUAUUUAAAAUGUUGACAUCUCUCACUUUUUAAAGGAGAACUCAGUAAGUGUGUCAGUUUUCUAUAUGUGUAUUUUUGUACAAUAUCUACGGUAGGGAGUGCCAGAGGGGGGUUACGAUAUCUAUGGGAGGGAGUGCCAGUGGGGGGUUACGAUA